CGACUUCUAAUUCCAUCUGGACUUCAAUCCGGUUCUGAAGAUCAAUUCAAGCUCGUCUUCUGUGAUUCUUGCUAGCAGGUCACAUUGCUGUGAAUCACAAACUCAUAAAUUAGACUAAAACAAGACAGCAUAAACAAGACUGAAAAGUUGUUCAAAAUUUCUGUUGCAAACGCGCCGCGAGAAAUGCCAGGUAGCAAUGAGUUUCAAAAGCUUUGUAAGUCGAUGUUCACAGAUUCCAUGACACUCGUCUGCUCGGCCACAGUACCGAAAACCCUGAGCCAGAAGUAUUACAAUCGGCUGAUAAAGGCCGAGGAUCCCUACACAAUCUACCAGUUGAAGAGUCAAAACAGCAGUUAUCUGCUAGUAUUUCGUUUCCUGGAAAUGAUCGGUUGCCAUACCAUCCAGCUGAACGAUCUGCACACCGUCAAUUGCCAAAAUGCUUGGAACGAAACGAAGACUUUGUAUUUCGGCUUUAGCCACCGCAUGUGCUACAACUAUCCGAUGAAUCUGACGACGGAACUUAGGGAACACUGUGGCGCCAAGGGCUAUGAAGAGGACGAUCAGUCGGGUUACUAUUACACCAAUCAGGACCUGAACGCAGAUAUUAGCCUUCAAGCAAAUGCCGGUCGUUUGCUGGCAUCCCCAAUGCUUGUACUUUGGCUCAUAGCAACACUCUUAGUGGUCGCCAUUCUGAGAUGGAAGGCAGGCUGA